AUGGAUCGCUUUCGCUCACGCAUGGAAACAAUUCCAGAAUUCCCAGAACUCCCAAAUCUAGCUCUCCAGAUGACUGAGAAUUGGAAGCCUAUUCCAGACUGGGAGCCUGACUGGAAGGCAAAACACAAACCAGGACCAUCUCCCCAGUCAAAGAGCCCUGUCGAGGUCAGCGUGCAUGGGUUGACUGCAAAGUUCUUCCUGGAUCUCCCUGACGAUAGAAUCAUCCCUACUUACUAUCUGAAGAAAGCUGAGAGAACUGUCAUUGUUCAGCGUACACCUUGGUGCUUUCGCAACGCUGACGAUGCCCGCGACGUGGACAUAAACAAAUGGUCUCCAGUCGACAUCCGCUUUCGAAGCGUCUUCAUGACCCUGAGAAAACUUCCAGAGUUUGGCUCCCUUUACGACGAAGACGAAGACGAGGACGAGGGGUACGGUACAACGGACGCCGGAGGAAGCAAGUCCAAGCCCAAGUUCGAUGAAAUGGUCAAACUUCAGGGACAAGUCGUGUAUGCUCUUCUGCAAGGGAUCUUGGAAGCGUUCAGAAUCAGCAGAGAAACGGACGACAGCGACUCCUACUUCUUUUUCCGGACGAGGCUGCUCAACUGCCAGCUGGAAUAUUGGAUUGGAUACAGCGAGAGGUACAAGGACGGUCCUCUCACAGCUGGACUGGUUGGCUUGGAUCACCAUCCUGACAAGAAGGUCUGCCCUACAGUUCUGCCCGUGUCAGCGUCAUUGGAAAACAUAUCUCUCAGAUCGGCCCUCGAGGACAAGCUCAAGCUCAUGCUUGGCCAGCUCCUCCUUAACAUCUCCCGUCUGCGGCCCCAUGGAGAUCAGAUCCCGGACCAGGAGGUUUAUCUAAUUGGCAUCCACGGUUCCAGGCUGCAUAUUCUUCGUGCUAUCUUCCUCGGCCAGAAAACCUCCCAUCUGUGGAGCGGAAGACAUAACCGUUCCUCCUCAGACGCCGAUGUGAUAGACCCCAACCCGAGCACUGCCUACGAUCGAUUCUACACUGGAAAGAACCUGGAACGACUUCGCCAACAGGUGGAGUGGCUUAGCGCAAAGAACCUAGACAGCGAUCCAAACCCACGUAAUCUUCGAGUCUUGGGCAGCCGAGAAUUUGAUCUCUGGCGCAAGCAAGAUUUUCGGGCCGCCGUCAAGGUGAUCGUGGCUCUGUUCAUCUACAUGAUGAGCGGGCAGGCUCGUUGCGGCGUCCUGCAGAAGGCGUUCAUGGAUUACCCUAUUGAUGAGGAAUCAGACGAUGAGUUGGAGGAGGUACAUGACACCCGCAAAAGGGUGGCGAUCGAGGAAGAGGAGCUAGCAAAAAGAGAAAAGGAGUUGGAAGAGACGGAAAGGAAGAAGCGUGAGGAGGAACAGACCAAGGCGAGCAUGAAGGGAAAGAUGCGAAGCUCCAUCAAUGAUCGCAUUCGAGGAUUCAAAGGUUGGCGUAAGCCGUGGGAGGACUUUGCGUGGCAGGACGAAGGGAAAGAUAGCUCACUGGAAGACGACGACUGA